UUAGCCGCGCGGGCGCAGGGACGAUAGGAUGGCGGAAUUAGUUCCUUUUGCGGUUCCAACCGAGAGUGACAAAACCUUGCUGGUGUGGGAGCUGAGUUCUGGACCUACGCCCGAGGCCUUGCAUCAUUCUCUGUACACAGUAUUCUCUCAGUUUGGCCUUCUGUAUUCAGUUCGGGUUUUUCCAAACGCUGCAGUGGCCCGUCCUGGUUUCUAUGCCAUCAUCAAGUUUUAUUCAGCAAGGGAUGCCCACAGAGCCCAAAAGACAUGCGACCAGAAGCACCUUUUCCAGGAAUCUCCAGUGAAGGUUCGUCUUGGCACCAGACACAGGGCAGUUCAACAUCAAGCUCUUGCCCUAAACAGCUUUCAAUGCCAAGAACUGGCAAAUUACUACUUUGGUUUCAAUGGAUGGUCAAAAAGGAUCAUUAAGCUUCAGGAGCUUUCCGACCUUGAAGAAAGGGAAAAUGAAGAUAUUGUGGCAUCACUUCGGAAGCAAAGCCUGACGUUCUUCUGUGCUUUAGAGGUGCUGCUGCCGUUCUAUGAGUGCAGGAGCCUUGGAGCUGGCGUGGCAGAAGAGCCUGUACAUAACCUGGAGGAAGGACCAUUAUCAUUCCUUAUGAAGAGGAAGAUAGCUCAGAGGCUUGCUGUUCAGAAAGCUUUGUCAAAUGCAUUCCAGAAACUAUUGAUUGUGGUUUUAGAAACUGGUCAAAUAGCUGUGGAGUACAGACCCAGUGAAGAGAUCACAGAUGUCAGAAGUGAAGAAGAACUACAUGAUUUAAUUCAAGUCAAUUGUGUUUCUUGGAAGCAGUACUGCCAGGGGGAAGAAGAAUAUCUCUCGGAUUUCAGCUUGGAGGAAGAUGAGUUCAGGCCGCCAGAACCGAACUAGCACUUCUGAAUGUGCCAAGAGGCGAGGCCCUGUGACUUCCUUGGGAAGCUCUGGCGCCCCUAACAUAAUGGGCUGCUGGAGUCCUGGGGAUACCCUAGUCUGUGGCCGAAAUCUUGCUCUUCUAAGGGCGGGAGGGGUGUUCUGGUGUGAGACAAUUGUAUCUCUAUGGGGAGGGGGGUUGGGCUCGGGGACUGUGGGCAAAAGCUCACCCUGGUGGCAUGGAGUCGAUCUAGGCCCGAGCUUA